GGCAAGAGCCAUGUCGAACGGCGUGUUGUUCCUGGUGACGGUGCCGUCCGCCGAAUAUGAGGAGCAAGUGGCUGCAGCAGGCCAGGUCGAGCCACCUCCCAUGCGGCUGCGCAUGCAGAAGGUUGUGGAAGAUUUGAUAGAGACAAAGCACAUUUAUACUUGUGCUUGGUCUGAAUGCCAGGGUGGAAACUACAAACAGGCUACAUUUACUUUGGAGCCUGGAGACAAGUGUGACGACAUUUUGAAUGAACUAAGUGAAUGGGGAAUUGGAUCAAGACAUCAUUCAAGUGCCAUCCCCACUUCCUCAGGCUCCCCCUGUUGGAAGACAGCACCCUGGUGGACUCCAGAUAUUGCUGCAGCCAUCAGAGAUCACAGUGUCAUACCGUGUUCCCUCCACUGGACGGUAGAUGACCCAUCAUCUAAUGGACCCAAUCCUUCAGGAGCUAAAGAAAGCAAAGAAGAUAUUUCUACAUGGAAUCGUUUAGUGGCAUCUGUGAAAGCACGGAUAACUGUUGCUGAAGUUGUUGAGGGAGUUAAAUCCGAUGCCUUACUUACAUUUGACUUUUUGGUUCUGUUAAUAAUUGCAGGAUUGAUUGCAGCUCUUGGUCUAAUAGAAAAUAGCACUGGGAUUCUGGUAGCCAGUAUGCUAAUAUCACCAUUAAUGGGCCCUAUAAUGGCUGGUACUGUUGGAACAAUAAUCAAAGACAAAGAACUGAUGAAGAUGGGCAUAUUAAAUGAAAUAUUUGGUCUAUUAAUUUGCUUACUAGAAGGCUUUAUUUGUGGAAUAGUGGUUGGAUUAGUAGCAGAACACUUUGCUCUUAACAGGUGGCCAACAGUGGAAAUGGUAACAAGGGGAGAACUUCAUUCAGUUUGGGUUGGAAUGGUAAUUGCACUUCUGUCUGGAGCAGGUGUUGCCAUUUCUGUGUUAGGGGACAACAUUGCCUCACUAGUAGGUGUAGCCAUAUCUGCCUCCCUCCUUCCACCAGCUGUAAAUGCAGGCCUUCUGUGGGCACUAACAUGCAUACAUUCAAGUUACGGAAGUGUGCCCCAAGUGAAGAUGCCCCAUACAUAUGCAGAUCAUCCUGUAACUGAGCUUGGAAUUAUGGGUGCAAUAAGCCUCUGCUUAACAUUUGUUAACAUUGUAUGCAUUUUUGCUUCUGCCAUUGUUGUACUCAGGUUGAAGGCAGUUGCACCAAGUACCUCUGCAGCCCAAAGGAAGUUCUGGACUCAUGAUGUGAAGUUAGCACAAGAGUAUGACAGGACAAACUAUGGUGAUGAAGCAAAAGCCCUAGGCAGGAAGUUGGUAAAUGAUAUUGCUAAGGUUUCUGGAGGUCAUAGAAGAACUUCCACUGACCUCCGAGCACUUGCAGGUUUAAAUCUGUUUCACAGGGGUGCAGAUAUCCGAAGGCAAUCACAUUUUAGUACAAUGUACAACCAAUGUACUUGGUCACCUACAGCAUUAAGGGAAACUGUUCAGCAAGCAUCGCUUCAAGACUUGUAUGGCAUUUCAUAUGCUUCACCUUCCAGUCCAAAAGUUACAAUUACAGUGGGAAGUCCAGAUGAGGCUUCAAGAUGUCUUUCAGUCAUUGCUGAGGACUCAAGUAUUCCACCAUCUCUUGCAUCAUCAAGCCAUUCACUUGCAAAUGGAAAUAAAUGGAGACAUAGUCAGAGGUUUAUGGUGACAGUGGUGGAAAAUGGAGAAGAUAAACAACUGAAACAGUGAAGUGGGAAAGCAGUUAAAUUUUAAAAAUAUAUUUUAAAGCUUACCUUUUUAAUAUAACUCAUUAUUUAUUAAAACAUAUGUUUACAAUAGUUUUUAAACCAAAACUUUUUAUGUGGCAAAAUAAAAAUACCAAUUUUAUGUUUCUGUUAUUAUAAAAACUGUAAAUGUA